AUGAUCUGCAAAAGCUGCCGCACGACGGUGUUGUCUCGGCUGAACCAGCAGCCCGUGAGCCGGACAGCCUCAACAUGCGCGCGCCAGCUCCCUAUGCUCCGCAGCCAAUUCCGCUCCUACAGCACCGAUAACAACCCCUCCGUGGCCGCUCCUUCUUCCCCGCCCGCUCCCCGUCAACCUACGGUCGGCGACCUCACAACCCCGUCCGCCAUCUCCUCCGCAACCCCCGGCAUCUCCCAGCCUUUGAGCACCCCCGAAGGCGUGCACGCUGAUGUCAACCCCAGUGCUCCCACAAAACCCACGGCUGUGCGCCCACCAAGCAGCUGUCCGGCCGGCACCAAACUGAAUGGCCUCAACUACUUCAAGAACAAGCCCGAUGUCUUCGCCAAGGAGGACCACGAGUACCCAGAAUGGUUAUGGGGCCUUUUAGGAGAUGCUUCCAAGGAAGCAAAGACCAAGCAGGGUGGCGUUGACCCAAGCACCUUGAACAAGAAGCAACGAAAGCGUUACGAAAAGAAGCUGGCGGCUCGCACCGGUCCCCUCGCCGCUAAGAUCCCUGCCCACCACAACGCCUUUGAUAUUACCCCGGCCCCCUACAACCGCGAAGAACCUUCAGCAGAUGCCAUGGCCGAAGCCACCUCCGGCGUCGAGCAGCGCUCGGAGAUUAUUCGGAGUGCUCGCGAGGCCAGACGGAAGGCCAUUAAGGAAUCUAACUUCCUGCGUGGUCUGUAA